GACAUAUCACUAUUUCUUACUUGCCUUAAGUAAAACACGCAAGGUUUGGUUGAAGUCCAUUGAGCUUGUUUCAGCAGUUUGUUCCUGUUUUCUCCCAAACUCACAGUUUGAUCUUUGAAUAAUGAAAGUAUUCAUCAUAUUAUCGCUCGUUAUCAAUGUGCUGUGUCCCCCAGUUUACAUGCAUCAUGUCUUCAUCUAUGGCACACUGAAGAAAGGUCAGCCCAACCACUCCAUAAUAACCAACACUACCAUCGGUCAGGCCGAGUUCCUCGCUUAUGCUCGAACCGUAGAGCCAUACCCUCUUGUGAUCGCCACCAAAAACAACUACCCCUUCCUGCUCAAUCUGCCUGGUAAGGGUCAGCGCGUCCACGGAGAGAUCUACUCUGUAGACCAGAAGAUGCUGGACUUCCUGGACGAGUUUGAAGAAUGUCCUGAGUUGUACCAGCGCACCAAGGUCCAGUUGGAGGUGCAGGAUGGGGACGAUGAAGGAGAAAACACACUGAAGCCUGGAAGCAUUGAGGAAGCAUUUGUGUACAGCACAAAUAAAUAUGAACCAGAGUGGCUCCUGAAACCAACAUAUGAUAAUUAUGAUACGAACGGUGAUCACGGACUGCCAUAUCAUGAGGACACAAGCCCUGAGUAAUGACUGUACAGGUACGGCUUACCAGAGUCCAAAAUUGACAUUUUACCAAUCUGUCAGUGUCACGUCAUUUUACCAUUUAGAUUUUUGGCACUUAUUUGUGUGUUUUCUUAAGAGUAGUGAUUGUCACUCCAGUAAUGUAUAUCUAGAUAGCAGGUGUAUUUGUGCAUAUGCUGGAGAAGUGUUAAUUAUGAGUUUUUCCUAAACUACACUUUACAAAAAUCAUUAAUUCAUAGUGUUUUCUUUCUUUUUUUUUCAAUAUACAUUACAACAAAUGCAGCAUGUCUGUUGAUAUUGAUUUGUUUAUUUUGAAGAUAUUCACACACUGUCAAAAUGUGUCUAAAAAUGACAUCCUAUAAAAGAAAGGUUUGAGUGUGCUACAAAUGCUUAGAGGAAGCAUGUGCCGUACGUUUCAGGCCUACGAGGUGGGACUAAGUUAUUCCUUUCAAGUCAGUUUCAAUUACAAUGUCCCAAUUAAAUUAGUUGGAAGGAGAUAUGAUGUAUGAAUUAAAAAUUACAAUGUUUUUUGGACUCCAGUUGAUGCAUUUGCACUUGGCUUCCUGUUUAGUGCUCGGCUUUGACCCACAUCCUGUUACUGAGCACUGAGACAAACGGAAACUGCUGCUGUUUCCAAACCACAGCAUCAUUUGUAUAGAUUAGUGAACACAGCAUUAUGAGUAGAAAACAAAGACCAAGCAGGUCCAUUGAUUUAUCAAGCUAUAUUAAAUUUUGCUAUAAUAAAAGUUGCCACAGUCUA